CCGAUCUUGCUCCCUUCUGCCUCCUCAAAACUCCUUCCUCUUCAUCUCUGGAAGCGAUAACGAUGACUUCGCAAGUUCGCAGUAUCCUCCUGCCGGCUCUUGCCGCCGUCGCACCCGCGGCCUAUCACCUGUACAGCCCAGCCGCGCAGACCGGAGGACGCGUCACCAACGUCCCUUCGCUGCUUCCUGUCGGGUAUGGCUACAUCCUCCUCAUGCUCCUCUCCACCUCCACAGUCGUGUCCAUCGCCGCUCGACGCCCCUCCACGAGUUCGAGCCCGUACUCGUCGACCUUCAACUAUGCGCUCCCCACGCUCCUCGCCGGCCUCUUUUGGCCAAAGCUCGCGCUGGCCCUGGCGAGCGCGCAGUUCUCGGGCAUCAUUCUGACGCUCCUCUUUGCUCCAUCGGCUGCUGCCCCAAGCGGCGCGGCUGUCGAGAAGGGAGCAGUCCAGACGCAGGGAGGUGCGUCGUUGGCCGUCGCAAAGAGCAUCGAGGCGGCCGCGUUGCUCGGUGAGUGGGAACCCCCUACAUACUUAGGCUUCUUUCAGCUCCCCGAUUGGCUGAACGCUAUGCUAUGCAGGCCUGACCGUGUCAGCUGCGACAGCGGCACUGCUUCUCGUACAGGCCCACGAAUUGAAGCUCGACGACGUUGCACCUUCCAUCCGUCUAGGCUAAUUUAGGCAGC